AUGAAAGACACAUUGCGGAAAACGAAGUCUUCCAAAACCGAUUCGUCGAAUGAUUUUGACGUCACAUCAACCAUUACGUCGCAGUCUUCCGAGUCCCAUUCUACAAAUCCAUGGGCAAGUGAAUCUCCAUCCGCUGUAAAUGGCGGAGAGGCUCUAUCACGCCAAGUCUCCAAGGCUUCAAAAAGCCCUGCUACUAGUUCUCCUGAUAGAGCAGCGGUGGCCCAUUCCCAAAGUCCUGCACCCUCUGUCUCAAGACUUGAGGUGCCAUUAGAAAAUGGGCUAUCAACCGAUGAUCCUACGAAGCCCACACGGAGACGGAAAACAAUUACGAAAAGUCCUCACACUUUCGAAUUAGCAGCUGAUCUAAAUCCGGUCAAACCAAAAGAACCUCCCUCUCCUGAGCCACAGAGACAGGAAGCCCCUGUUGUAACGUCGCCCGCUCCAAAGAAAAAGAAGCGUGUCUCCCAGGUUGCUCCUCCCGAUGGUAGCCAACCAGCACCUACCGCUGUCAAUUCUGUGCCCGCCAUACAUCAGGCUUCUCCUCCAACGUCGCCAAAACCGGUAACUACUGUGCCUUCGACUCCGAAGCAAGUUGCACCGAAUCCAUCCUCGGCUUCUCCUAAGCCAACUGCUACUCCAGUGUUGCAGACAGAACCGCCCACUUCACCCAAACAAUCAUCGUCGACAGUCGCUCCGGUGAACCCAUUCACGACCACUCGACCAAAGAAAUCCCUGUCUACAUCCUCUCCGGUAGUAGUGGCUAAUCCUUGUCGCUUCACUCCACCGCCGCUUCCAAAGGAAGACUUUCACGGGAAAGUAAUUGUGAUGACCAAUGGCGCUUCUCUAGUGGGGCAAUCUCUUAUACGGCAACUUCACCAAGCUGGCUGUCGGGUCAUAUUUGGUGACACCAAUGGCGAUCAGGCACGCAAGCUCAUCACGUCUCUGGGGCCUCCUCAUGUGGUGCACUUCAACAAAUGUGACAUGACGAGAUAUUCUGAUCUUCUCGAUCUUUUCAAGCUGGCAACCACAAUGUAUGGUCGCGUCGACCAUGCCAUCUACAAUGUCGGCGAUGAUGGUGGUCAAGCAACUACAGUUGGAGAAGGUGAAAGGGGCUGGUUUGACGACCGCACUGGCAUCAACAAAACCUCACGGAUGGCUUUGAAUGAAGUUGAACGCGAACCUUUCGACCUAGGAGACAUUCUCGCUGCGAGUGUUCGUUUCACUCGUAUUGCCCUUGCGUAUCUCAAAUAUUCACCAAAGUCGAAACCAAGCAAGAAAACGCCGAUUAAUCCAUAUUCAACGCCGCAACCAGAGCCAAGAUCCAACGCAACUAAGGAUGACAGAAGCUUGACUUUUGUGACGAGCAUCGCUGCUUUUAAGGAAACUCCGCUACUCCCAAUAUACCAAAUCACACAGCAUUCGAUUCUGGGGUUACUCCGGAGUUUACGAUCGACAAUAGAUCCAGACCCAGAGCGUGAUGGAGUAAGAAUCAAUGCCGUUGCAACGAACAUUAUGGUGCCUCGUGCCGUGGCACAAUCUGGGGGCCGUAUGUCGGUGCAGCUUCCUCCGGAUAGGCCAGAAGAUGUUGCGCGAGUGAUAGCGGGUAUCAUCGCGACCAACACAUCUACACCGGGCAUUGGCGAAAAUGAGGCUAGCACCACAAACGGUGGAGGGAUAUGGUAUGAGAAAGGAUUCGAACGAGGAAUGAGAGAAAAGUAUCUUCAUGGAAGAGUCAUCUAUACAGUUAGCGGUGACGGAUGGGAUGUCCAGGAAGGUCUAGAUCGAAGUGAGAGUGUCUGGGUUGGAAGCAAGAGCAGUGAAGCACUCGCUCGAGGCAUGACUGGGUUGGGUCUGGCGGCAAAGAGUGCUGGCUCAGAGAGCAAUUGGAUUUUGGAUGUGGCGUGA